GCGGGCCAGGCCGUCUCCGUGCCAAAGCAGACCGCACAGCUUCCAGGACAGCAGCCUGCCGCUGGCUUCGGAGUGAAGAUGGCAGCCGUCGCUUCGUGCGCAGCAGCGGCUGUUGGCUUGGCUACCAGCCGGAAGCGCUCCAAGACCGCGGCACGCUACACCACGCAGACGAUCCUUCCCUCCCUCGCCUGGAUCAAAUCGGGCGUGAAGGCUUCCGAGCUGCAGCCCAAGCAGCUGAAAGCCCUGACGCUGGCCGGCAACGACGUGUUGAUCGGCAAGACGGAGGCUGGGGCGCUCUUCUGCGUGGGCAACUUGUGCCCACACAUCGGUACGCCCAUGAGCGAGGGCGCCGACGUGAUCGGCGACGUCAUCGUCUGCCCUUUGCAUGGAUCCUCCUUCAAAGUGACCACAGGUGAGCUCCUGGAUUGGUGCGUCUCCCCGCCUAUCAUUGGCCCCUUGACUGGACUGAUCGUGGAGAAGAAGAACCUGCUGGUCUUCGAGGUGCGCCAGGGCGGCUUGCUGGGAACCGGCGAUGUCGAGGUCCUCGUGGACACCAGUGCCAAGAAGGCCUACGAGGCCUGGUACUGGAAGGGCCUGCUGGAUGCCCAGGGCAAGGACGACGGCACGUACUACUGA